AUGAAGAGAGAGGGGAUCCAGGCAGUCAAAACUUGUGAUGUAUGCCAAAGGUAUAAAGAGGAAAAUGUGGCUUACCCUGGGCUACUGCAACCCUUGUCAGUUCCUGAACAGGCUUGGCAAAGCAUUUCAAUGGACUUCAUUGAAGGCUUGCCUAAAUCUCAUGGGAAAGAUGUCAUUAUGGUGGUGGUGGACAGGUUUACCAAGUACAGUCACUUCCUAGCCUUAGCCCAUCCCUAUACAGCUGAAAUGGUGGUUGAAAUGUUCAUGGAAAACAUCUAUAAACUCCAUGGGGUUCCCAAAGACAUUGUCAAUGACAGGGAUAGGGUUUUUGUCAGUAAAUUCUGGAGGGAGGUAUUUAAGAAGAUGCAAGUUAACCUGAGUAUGUCUUCCUCCUAUCAUCCUCAAUCAGAUGGACAAACAGAAAGGGUGAACAGGUCCAAUAUCAAGCUAACUUCCAGGUUCUAUGGACCCUAUGAAGUUAUUGAAAAGGUUGGAAAGGUAGCUUAUAAGUUGAGGCUUCCGGGGGAGGCUGCCAUACAUCGUGUGUUUCAUGUUUCAUUACUUAAAAAGGGGGUAGGAGCUGGAGUUGAGCCUCAAGAGGAAUUGCCUACCACUGAUGCAGAAGGCAUGGUCCUAACUCGUCCAGUGGCUGCCUUGGGAAAGGGAAUGGUGAAGAGAAAUAAUGCAGCAGAAGUGGAGAUCCUAGUACAGUGGGCAAAUUUGUCUGAGGAGGCAGCUACAUGGGAAAAUUAUCAUCAUGUGAUCAAACAAUUUCCAAACUUUAAUCCUUGGGGUCAAGGAUCCAAUGAAGGGGAGGGCAAUGUCAUGAUCCUAAACAUGAAAGAAGGAAACAGUAAAGUGGGAAGGGCAAGUGAAGAUCAGAAGAAGAAGUUUUAUCAGUUUCUAAGGGUUGAAAGUCAGGGGACCAACACGACGUCAUUUCGCAAAUGA